CCCAACUUCUCCCUGUAUUCAUUCCAUUUUCCGCCACAACCCUCCCCAUUCUCUUCAGUUCCCCUUUUCGGUUUUUACUGGAAGAAGAAAAAUGAAUCCGCCGGUUAGUUUAUCGGAAGGCGCACUAGCAAUGAUCUCCAGCGGGGACGCACAGAUCGCCGACAUGAAUCCGGUGCUGCAGGUCGUCGACUUACGGCUCGUAAACCCCCAGACUCAGAACACCGCCAAUGAGCGCUACCGGAUCAUGCUAUCCGACGGCGAGUUCCUCCAGCAAGGCAUGUUGGCUACGCAGCGCAACGAUCUCGUCCGGUCUGAGCAGCUUCAGAAGGGCUCUGUUGUUCGAGUGACUCAAUUCGUCCGUAACGUCAUUCAAAGUCGCGUGAUUAUAAUCAUCCUGGAACUGGAUGUAAUUCUUGACAAGUGUGAGCCUAUUGGGACGCCAAGACAUAUUUCACUCAACCCCAAUGGUAACAGCCCAUCCAUGGCAAGGCAUCCUCCACAAGCUCAGCAACCUACAACUGUUCAGCCUUCUAUGAAUCACCAGUCCAGUUUCAUGACUGGAAAUCCUCAAUCUUUUAGUUCACCGGGAGGUGGUACUGGUUUUGAUGGUAAACCAAAUGUACAUUUUGAAAGAAAUGGGCAUAUAGGUCAUGGUAGUUCAAUCAGCCAUGCUGACUCUGGUCGGUAUAAUCCCCCAAAUGCAUCUUUUUACUCUAAACCAGAAUCUGGUGCUGCAAUUUACAAGGGGCCCGCAAACACAUACUUGUCCCCACCUCAGCAAUCUUAUCAGCAACCGCCACCCCCGAUGUAUUCAAAUAGAGGACCCAUAGCUAAAAAUGAAGCACCACCACGCAUCAUUCCAAUUGCUGCUCUUAAUCCUUAUCAAUCUCGGUGGACUAUUAAGGCUAGAGUAACUGCAAAAGGGGAACUUAGACACUACAAUAAUGCUCGUGGUGAUGGCAAAGUGUUCUCUUUUGAUCUUCUUGAUUCUGAAGGUGGGGAAAUAAAGGUGACAUGCUUUAAUGCCGUGGCUGACCAAUUUUACCCCCUGAUCGAACCCAAUAAAGUAUAUAUGAUAUCAAAAGGCACAGUGAAAGUUAUUCCGGAAAGAAGCAAACCUUUCAACACUCUGCCUAAUGAUCAUGAGAUCCAUCUAGAGACCACUUCUGUUGUACAACCUUUUUUGGAAGAUGACAAAUCAAUUCCUCAGCAGCAGUUUCACUUUAGGUCCAUAAGUGAUAUAGAAGAAAUGGACAACAAUAGCAUUCUAGAUGUGAUUGGCAUAGUGUUCUCUGUUAGUCCCAGUAGUUCAAUAAUGAGGAAAAAUGGAACUGAAGUUCUGAAAAGAGCUCUCCAACUGAAGGAUAUGUCUGGCAGAAGCAUUGAAUUGACUAUGUGGGGAAAUUUCUGCAAUGCAGAAGGACAAACACUUCAGAACAUGUGUGAUUCUGGCAUGUUUCCUGUAUUGGCAGUGAAGGCUGGAAGAGUCAAUGACUUCAAUGGGAAAGCACUGGGAACUAUAUCAUCAAGUCAACUCUUCAUAGAACCUGAUUUUCCUGAGGCUCACAGGAUUAGGGAAUGGUUUGAGAGGGAUGGGAAGAGUGCUCCUACAAUAUCCAUCUCUAGAGAAUCAACUGUUGGCCGGACAGAUGUCAGAAAAACUAUCUCUCAGAUAAAAGAUGAAAAAUUAGGGACUUCUGAAAAGCCUGAUUGGAUAACUAUAAGUGCUACCCCAAGUUUUAUCAGGCCAGAAAAUUUCUGCUACACUGCAUGUCCCAUCAAAACUGGGGAUCGACAGUGUAGUAAGAAGGUCACUAAUAACGGAGAUGGAAAAUGGCUCUGCGAAAAAUGUGAUCAGACUGUUGAUGAAUGUGAUUAUCGAUACAUUCUCCAGUUCCAGAUUCAGGACCACACCGGAUUGACUUGGGUCACUGCUUUUCAGGAAAGCGGAGAGGAGAUGAUCGGUGUAUCUGCAAAAGAUUUGUAUCUCAUAAAAUAUGAAGAGCAAGAUGACGAUAGGUUUCAAGAAAUCAUGCGGAGUGUACUUUUCAGGAAGUAUAUUUUCAAACUGAAGGUGAAGGAGGAAAUGUUUGGUGAUGAUGUGCGUGUGAAAUCCACAGCAGUGAAGGUGGAGAAGGUGAAUCUCCAAACAGAAACCAAAUAUGUUCUGGAUUUGAUUGAUAAGUUCAAUGUGUCGGGCGAAUCAAAUGCUGGAAAUGCAGUUCCAAAUUCGGCUGGGAUGAACAAUGCGGGGUUCAGAAGUGGGUUUAGAGAAAACGCGAGUAAUGUAAUGAACUAUGGUGGCAGUUUGACAAGCAGAGUGCAGCCAGCAGAUCAAACCAGUCCAUAUGGAAACAAAUAUGGUGGCUCUAGGCUUACACAGUCCCCCAGUGUGUACUGUAGUGGCUGUGGCGGUGCGGGCCACACCCCUGCUAACUGUCCAAAGUUCACACUGGAUCAACAGGGCCAAGGGUAUGUGGGUGGCAGUUUCAACAGUCAGAUGACUUCUGGUGGAGCAAGUGGCAGUGGUUCAGGUAAUUGCUUUAAAUGUGGUGAGGCUGGGCACUGGUCAAGAAAUUGCCCCAGCACUAAUGCCCCUCCUGCCUAUGGAAGCAAUACUAAUGUUCCACCUGCUUAUGGAAGCAAUAUGUCUUCAAAUCCCGGGAGAUUCGGGAAUGUUCCGAGGCAGCAAGUUGGGGGCUUUUGAGUUCGGGCAAACCGUGAAAGCUUAAGUUGUUACGGCCUUGGCCGAUCAUUCACGGUAAGUCUAUAGCUAUUAGUAUAAUGCGUUCAGGCUCAUGGCUUGUGAAUCUCAAUCUUGACUCAGGUUCUUGUAUAUUAGUGUACUUUGUUUCAUUUGUUUUUUUUUGCUCCUGUUUAGUUGGUUUUUUCAGUCAAUGAUUUUUGGGGUUCAGUUUUUGUGUAAUAUAUAUAGUGGGGAACGCAACAUCGAAUAAUUAUUGUUGUUGUUU